AUGGAACCUGGUCAACUGGUGGAUAAUGCUGUAGUUGAUGCUUGGGCAGCACACCUGAACACAGAAGCAUCACAUGAAAGGAAAAAACAUCCAGCAAUAUACUUUUCAACCCUGAUAUCGCUUUUUGUGUCAAUAUUGCACUCUGUUCAUUGUUACUUGUAUGUCUUCAAUAUGGUCAACAAACGGGUGGAAGUGAUUGAUAACGCCGAUUCAAUAGGCGCCGGUAUACCGUUCCAGAACAAGUAUGGGGAGACAUACAGAUUUAUGAUUGAAGUUUUUACCAGAUACUUCACAGAAAAUGGGUCAAAUCAGCUGAAAAAUGUAGAGCAGUUCAAAAAUCCAAAGGUGCAUCCCCUUAAAUGGAGCAACAUUGGUAACCACAUCGACUGUGCCAUAUAUACGAUGUGCCACAUGAAAAAAUUCAGUAUAUUUUUGAAAGAGUUCAAGACUGGGAUUCCGGUGUAUGGCACGACAGAGAGGCAACAAAAAAACCACCAAGCAAAACUUGAUCAGCUGCGAAUAAAGUACCUUGCGGAGUUGUUAACUUCAGAAAUCCACACGAAGUCAUUGAUGAUAACCGAGGGAAUGAAGAAGUUAUACACUGGAACGAAGGGCUAG